GCUCAUUGGGAUUUUUUUAUUUUUCACCGCACAUGAAGGCCUUUCGAAGCGUCUUGGAGGGGGCACGUAACGUGCUAGUGCUUACUGGUGCCGGAAUAAGUGCUGAGAGCGGCGUGCCCACAUUUCGUGGCGAGGGUGGUUUGUGGCGCAGUUACAGAUCAGAGGAUCUUGCUACCCCUUACGCCUUCUAUGACAAUCCAGGCUUGGUGUGGGAAUUUUACCACUACCGCAGAGAACUUGUUCGGCAGAAGGAGCCCAACGCAGGUCAUCUAGCUUUAGCUAAGGCGGAAGACUUGUUUACACGUGAUAGGAGAUCGUUCACCGUGAUCACUCAGAAUGUUGAUGGACUUCACCUAAGAGCUGGCUCAAAAAAUGUCAUCGAACUUCACGGCAGUCUUUACAAAACACAGUGCACCCGGUGUUCCGACGUACAACACAACGAAGAUAGUCCCAUUUGCGCUGCGUUAGCAGGAAAAGGAUCACCUACUUUCAAUCCCGAAGCACAUUCGCAUAUCCCAGAAGAAGAUCUGCCUCGUUGUAAAAAACCCUCCACACAGCAUGCUUCCAGAAUUUGCAAUGGCUUGCUUAGACCGCAUGUCGUCUGGUUUACCGAGCCUCUCCAGUCUGAUGUUUUACGCCAAGUGGACAUUGCCAUGUGCAGCGUAGAUGCUUGUCUGGUGGUUGGAACUAGUGCAUUAGUGUAUCCGGCUGCUCAGUACGCCCCUGAUUUGGCAGCCCGAGGAGUUCCAGUUGCAGAAAUUAAUUUGGAGCCCACUCCGGCUACAGAUAAGUUGAGCUUUUUCUUCCAAGGAAAAGCAGGAGAUAUUCUGCCUCAGUUGUUCGACUCAUUAGACUUACGGUGAAAUCCAUUUCUUCCCGGUGCCGCUUUCCUUCUGCCUUCACCAGGCGGCUUGUCAUACUGUUUUAACCAGACUUUGGGUCGUAUCUAUGAUCAUAUUCACUUGCUGUAUAUUUCUUCUAUCUUUUCCCUCCUGCGCGGAGAUCGAUUCUUAUUUUGUCCACACGCCCACUGUCCCUCAUUUUGCCACAAAUUACUCCCCGUGUUCCCCACACUCACCUUGGGACCAUUCAGAGUUUGCGACUCACCUGUCUUUUCGAACUGUGAUCCAUUCUUGGACCCUUCGCUGUGGCACGUCAGUUUCUCUUCCAUAUCAUGGGCUUCCCAUGUACAGACUCAGGUGGGUAAAAUAACAAAACCGGUACAUUGUAAUCACAUCAACCCUAAAUCCACCCUGACACC